AACCCGCUUUUAACACGCCCCGUUUCCGCGUUACAAGAACGCGACGUCGUUGUGGCUGCGUCGCGUUCCUAUUCGUCUCGUACCGUUCCCCGCCGUUCCCCGCCGUUCGCCGUCGCCGCUCCAUCUCAGUGCUGCUCUAGCACUAAGAGCAGCAUCUAAAGAUUCAGUAACUACAGCUGGUCGCUCCCGCCAUGAUCCGCCACGUGGCAGCACGACAGCGACAGCUGGCGAGAGCCGCUACUUUCGCUGCGAACUCCGCCGCUGACGUCGGAAGCCGCAAUCCCGGGAUCUUUUCGCCUUUUUCCACGUGGCAAGGUCUCCUCUUGCCGCGAGUUCGCAACCCGGCAUUGCCGUUGCUCCAGCCGUUGCCAUCGCUGCCUCAACCGACGGUCCUCGCCAGAAGCCGAAAGUCGCCAUCCCUUUCCUCCACCCUCUCAUCAUCAUCACCAUUACUUUCGCCAUUGUCACAUCAGCCAAGAGUCACUGAAGGGAUGUGGAUGGGGAUGAGAUCCACAGACGCUGGAAGCCAUUUCCCCGUGUCUUUGUCCUCAUCCACGUCACUUCCUGCUCGAUCCAUGUCAGCUGACUCAGCACCAACUCCAUCCACGUCAGCAGCAUACACAUCGGCAGCAUCCACGUCAGCAUCACUUUCACCAGCACCAUCCACAUCAGCAGCAGCAUCAGCAGGAGCAGCAGAGCCGAGUGGGCAGGGGAUUCGCAGUGGGGUCACGCGAGUGAAGACAAAGGCGCUGACCAAACAGGCAAAGCACAUCAUGAAUAUCCUGGACGCAGAGGCAACGCAGCAGCUGCGCCAGCAGCGCAGCAUGCCGGCAUUCAAGCCCGGGGACGUGCUCUCCAUGAAAAUCGAGGUGCCCGAGAACAAGCGGCGCACGUCGAUAGUGAAGGGCAUAGUCAUCGCCCGCAGAAACGCUGGCAUCAGCUCCACAUUCCGCAUCCGCCGCAUGCUGGCAGGCGUUGGCGUUGAGAUGGUCUUCCCACUGUACUCGCCCAACAUCAAGGAGAUCACGGUGAUAGGUACUCGAAAGGUCAGGAGGGCGAAGCUGUACUAUCUGAGAGACAAGGUUGCUCGCAUGUCUGCUGUUUAGGGUGUAUGCUGAUAGUUAUUGCUGCUUGGGAGUGUCUUGAUAAGUGUAUUUUAGGCAUAUAGAUAGGUACCUAAAAUGAGCAAUUGUAAUCUUCGCGUCAAUGGCCGUAUUU